AUGCGUCCUUCAUCUUUCCUGUCCUUCUCGUUCCUGUUAUCCGGCCACUUCAUCGCGACUGAAGCUGCAAACCCCAUCUUUGGUUCCUUUGUAACGCCCGCCUGUGAAGCAUGCCUCGAUGCCGCGUUUGACAGCUGCCCUGGAGAUUACAAGUCGCGCGGAUACGCCGAAUGCAUGUGCGCCGGCGAAGGCGGCCGCAAGGCCGCUGCCUGUGCUGCGCAGCGGUGUGAUCACAGCAUCAACGAGGAGACGAAUGUGGUCAUUGCACUGGCCACAUAUUGCGUCGGUAUUCUGAAGGAAACAUGUCCUGGAUUCAAGAAAUUUCUCCCCCAGUCGGUGUAUGAUCGAGAUUGCUCAUCCAGCACUACCGCGACCGGUACUGCUCAGACUGCAGCCACCACCACCGCUACCACCACCACUACCAACGCGGGUGGUUUGCCUACUAGCAGUAGUAGUGCUCCAACUACUGUCGAGUCCAAGAGCGCCACUCCGUCGCAGACCAAGUCUGCUUCUUUCGCGACGGCGGCCGCUGUUCCUGCAUGGGGUAUUUUCGCAGGGCUACUGGGUCAAGCUGUACAAAUGGCGUUAUAA